UGCCAAUUCAGCCACUGCCACACACACAUGCACACACAUCGUAAUAGACAUGAUUUCUGACUGCUGACACACACACACACACGUAGACAUACACAACGAUAAGGACACUGUUGCCGCAAAUAACUGAUGGGAUGGAAGGGGGGUAACCAGCACUGGUUUCGUUUUUUUUUUUUUUUAUGUAGUUCUGUUGGUCCAUUUUUUUUGGAAUUAUGAUCUUCAAUUUUAAAAAGGGACAGAGAAAUUGCGGAAAUGUGGAUACCUCAUCAUCAGUUGGCUGGAACCUGCAAGUGAAUUUUUUUUUUUUUGUUGCUCUCUGAUGACCAUCACUGCAAUGUCUCCAACAACUGAUCCCAAAUAUCUCUAGUUUUUUUUGGGCUGGUUGUUGGGCCCUUCAACGCCCUGAUGACUCCAGUCCACCUCCAGGCUCACAACUACCACUUCUGCUGCUGGAAGCACCCGGACACCGGCCGCCGUCAACCUGGGAAGCCCCAGGAUCUCCUAGGCCCUUGAUGCAUGGAUCCCGACAGGACUGGUGGCAGAGGAAUGAGGCGGACCAUGCUCCUCUGGUGGAUCAAAUUGUUUCUGUCCCAAGGAUUUCUAUUCUGCAGCGUCCAAGGGGAACUUCCUUUUAUGCCAGGAAACAAUGCUGCCAUGCUGGUUAAUUGGAAUGCUGUGGACGGAAACAAGAAGUUGUUCGCCAUCUACGACACCAGCGUCAAUGAGCCGGGCAACAUGUCUUUUGUGAAGGAGACGGUGGAUAAACUACUGAAGGGAUACGACAUCCGACUGAGACCAGACUUUGGAGGGGCCCCUGUUGCAGUUGGGAUGAGUAUAGAUGUGGCCAGCAUAGACAUGGUGUCAGAAGUCAACAUGGACUACACGUUGACAAUGUAUUUUCAACAAUACUGGCGAGACAAACGUCUAGCCUACGUAGGAAUCCCUCUCAACUUGACCCUGGAUAACAGGGUCGCCGAUCAGCUCUGGGUCCCCGACACAUACUUCCUCAAUGACAAGAAGUCAUUCGUCCAUGGAGUCACUGUCAAAAACCGCAUGAUCCGCCUACAUCCCGAUGGGACAGUUCUGUAUGGACUCAGGAUAACUACGACAGCAGCAUGCAUGAUGGAUCUCAGGCGCUAUCCCCUGGAUGAGCAGAACUGUACUCUGGAGAUAGAGAGCUAUGGCUACACCACAGAUGACAUCGAAUUCUACUGGAAGGGAGGCGAGUCUGCCGUUACUGGGGUGACGAGGAUUGAGUUGCCUCAAUUUUCCAUCGUCGAUUACAAGCUGGUUUCCAGGAACGUAGUAUUUUCCACAGGUGCCUACCCUCGUCUGUCGCUCAGCUUUAAGCUUAAGAGGAACAUCGGUUACUUCAUCCUCCAGACAUACAUGCCAUCCAUCCUGAUUACCAUCCUCUCCUGGGUCUCCUUCUGGAUCAACUAUGAUGCAUCGGCAGCCAGAGUGGCUCUCGGAAUCACCACGGUGCUGACCAUGACCACAAUCAACACACACUUGAGGGAAACGCUGCCCAAAAUCCCAUACGUCAAGGCCAUCGACAUGUACCUUAUGGGCUGCUUCGUCAUGGUCUUCCUGGCACUCCUGGAGUACGCUUUCGUCAACUACAUCUUUUUCGGACGAGGGCCGCAGAUGCAGAAGAAGCUGGCGGAGAAAGCAGAGAAGGCCAACAACGAGAGGGCAAAAUAUGACGCCGCGAGGGAGGCAGGUAGUAGGACCGCCUCCCUAAAGCGGUCCAAUCAGAUUAGAGGUCUGCGCCACUCGCGCUCGGCAGAGCCGCACAGCCACGGCAACAUCCUACUCACCACGCUGGAGAUCCACAAUGAGGUGGCGGGAGGCGAAAUCACCACCAGCGUGGCAGACAUUAGGAACUCUCAGUCCAUGGUGCAGCUGGACAACACAGCCUCCACGCACAUCCAGUACCGCAAGCAGAGCGGCGGCAUCGGGCCGCGCUCGGCCAGCCGCCACUCCCUGGACCGCUCGGCCCAGAUGAAGCGCAGCCGCCUGCGGAGGCGAUCCUCGCAGCUCAAGAUCAAAAUCCCCGACCUGACGGAUGUGAACGCGAUCGACCGCUGGUCUCGCAUCAUCUUCCCCUCCGUCUUCUCGCUCUUCAACCUCGUCUACUGGCUCUACUAUGUCUGAAUGGACCAUUUUGUCGAUUGUUGUUUCCUUCAUAUUGUUUCAUUCGUUCCCUUUUUUUCUGUUGCUUUUCUACACAAUCGUGUCUCUCUCCUUUAAAAGUACAACUACACAAGAGAAACUAUGACUGAGAAAGACUGAAAUGUGGACCAAGUUCUCAUCAAUGUCGUUUUUAUAUUUGCAGUCUUUGAAAACCUUUUUAUUUUGUCGAGUGUGUACUGUAUCCGGGACUUGUGACAUUCAUUUCCCAAAAUUAGCCCUCUUAGCACCGUGUAAAUAGAUCUGAAGCCAGCAACUGAAUACGUAUCACGUGUUUGCAAAAAAAGUCAAAUACACAAAAAGCUGAUUUUCCUCACAUCCAAUGAUCAGUUAUGAUACACAUUUACUCUUCACAGGUGAUCAGAUACGAGCACGGAAAUCCACAACAUGUAUUUUUGUCAGCACCCUAUGCACACUUAAUGCACGUAUUGGUCAGCCGCUGAUCUGUCUCGCCCUCGGUUAUCUCAUCACUUUGUUUAUCGUGUCAAAAUGUAGCCUAGAAUUUAGCACCUAUUUCAGUGACCAAACACUAUCAUUUAAAUUUGAGGAUUUUUCCCUCACAAUGGAGUGGUUGUGACUCAGGUUCUAAAUUACAAUAUCAGUAUCUGUCUUACAAAAACAGCGUAUUUUAGCAGUGAAAAAAAAAAGCACAAAUUUUGACUUUAACUGCCAGAGUGUUUACGUCCAACAGCAGCAGCUUCGAGUGAUUGCAUGACAGAUUUGCACUCAAAUUUAUUCGACUCAACUCCUGGAAUCAACUGCCAAGGACCCUCAUCCUGGGAGCGUCACAGUAACUCACCCCUGGAAAUGUUCAGAUAUUUUUGUACUGUGUGUCAUCAUUUGGUUUCUUGUUGAAGACAUUUCGUCCAGUCUCAUUGGAGGAAUGAAACCCAUUUCUUCUGUACAUAAGUACAUAGUGGUGUAUAAUACUUGUAUAUAUUAUAUAUACUAUGUGUCCCACCCCAAAUGAAGAGUCAUAAGAUAUUGUGAUGGUCACGCUGGCUAGUUAAAGUCAGAAUAUUUAGAGCAAAAAAAAAGGUGUGAGGACAGCUGAGGUGUCAGGUGAAGAUACAGAUCUCCACAAAUGGUGCCACUCCAGGAUGUGAUGCAAACGUUGGUUUGGCAGGCGACCCACAGGAACGUCGAAUGAUAAGCACAUACAAGCACUGAAUGUAUUAGAUCCAUUCUUCAGGGAGAGGAUAAUGAGCCAUUGGUAUUCAUUUCUCCAUCAGAAUGUAAACACUCCCAUUCUUAUGUGGUGAAUGAGCUGAUGAACUAGAAAAUGACCGGGUUGAAGAGGGGCAGGAAGAGAUGGUGAACUUCGGCGUCAGACUUCAAACCUCACGCAUCCUCAGUGAACGUGAUGAUUAAAGCUGACAACAUGCGAAGCAAUAGACCAUAUGCACGCGGCACUUCCUUGUCUGACUGAAGCUGAAACUACAUUUCCAGCAAGAAAAUGGCUGAAGCCUUUUGGAUUUGCCUAAAGUUUACAUUGAAUGAUGUCUUGAAUAUUAAUUGGGAAAAUGUAAUUUUGUAAUCCGCAAUCCUUAUUUUAACUCGCCUAAAAACCAAAUUUCAUCGUCAGAUUUAGAAAAUUGUUGAAAUUCUGUUUUUGCUGGUUUGGCUCCUUCAGAAGCUUCGGUCAGGCCAGAGAGGCCGGUUCGGUUGGAGGGGAUGUGGCAGCCUGGAUGUAACCGUUGCUCGGCUGCUCAGGUCUUUCCCAAACUCCAGACCUUCAAUUCACCUUCUUCAUGGCAGCGUACCAAAUCGGUUUGAACUGUUACUAUUAAUGAUCAAUGAUUCAAAUUUUCACCACCACCAGGUGUCUAUCGAGAAGGUUUGAGAACGUGAAAAAAAAGCUACUGCACGCAGCAGUAGUAUCCUGAGGUGCUGCCCUCCCGUCUUAGUAAAGUCAACCUGGUCAACGUUAACAUUUCAAGCUUUACAGGAAAUAUGAGUCUUAUAUUUAACCGGAAGUUUGCCAGCAGCCUCCGUGUAAACAGUCCCUUGAUUUAGCUUGGACUUCAUUUUUGGUCAACUACACAACCUGUCUGGCAUUGGACAGCUAGCACUGAAUGUCUUUCAUCCAACCUGUUGAACCACUGCUAAAUGAAUUGUCACUGGCUCUAACUUCUUUCUUAAGUUGGCCAAGGGGUGUAUCCCUGACACAUUGUUCACUCUCUGGUGAUUCCCAGCUUUUCAUGAACUGAUACAGCUUGAAUUUUCCUGUAGUUUUGGCAAAAAGAAACAUCAGUGUGUUUCAAAUCUAAGGUCUAAUUUUUUUGUGCGGCAAGUUCCCUUUCAGCCCACCUACUGCAGUCCCUGCUUAAGGAUAUGAGCAUGUUCCUCAGCCAGAGAGUACAUUUAGUUUCAAUGUCUGGGCAGUGUCUGUUGCACCCAAAACUGAAAGGACAGAUGACUUGUGAGCGAAGUAUCAUGGAGGAAUUAUGACACCAAACGCACGCGUCAAAAUGCCAUCAGUUUUGACAUCAGUUGUUUCCAUUUGUUUUGGCUUCAGCCGGUUCAGUCAAGAAAGCGUAAACACUGCCAACUGGUGGCUAAAGGCUGUCACUUGGUCACUACAUCGCAUUCUGAAUGGCCUAGUUUUGUGUGUGUUACCUGGUAUUGUAUUUCAACCAUGAGCAUCAUAGGCACAAGCAGGCCACUUCAAAUGAUGCGACGGGCUGGAUUCAACCUGAUAGCCUUGCGUUCGAUACAUACUCGCUCCCAUGCCAAGUUCUUCUGCUUUAAUUGUUAUUUUUCUCAGAGUUCAUGGCUGUAGGAAAGGGCAAGGAAAAGGGUGCUAAUGUGUCCAUCGCUUCUGUGCCCUCAUUUAACCACCGUGGGAACCCACUCUGCUGCUUCACAAGUCAAAAGUCACAAGUCGAGGAAGCUUAAAAUAGUAGUUCGAGUUUUGAGUGAUGGUCAUGCACAUAAUUCCUGGAUCUUUUCUCACUCCUUGCCAGUGAUAUAAAGCAGAAAUGAUCGCCCGCCCUGCCGGUGCAUCACAGUUUGAAAUUCAAUGUUUUCUAUGGUCUCUGCUUCCAACUUUUGAUUGACAGUCAUCAGAAGUCUUUAGGUUUGAUCAUGGAUUUCAUCUGUGUCUGCAUGCAUUUAAAAAGUUGUGGUUGAACGUCAGGAUCAGUUGACAAAAAUCUAUGAAUAGGAAACUGAAUGUAUUGUUCUUGGAUUGUUGCUGUACAGCUGUACUUUCCCGUCAGACCCUGUCCCUGGUUCAUUUAGGGCUCUAGUUGAUCCCCGGCUUGUUUCUCGCCCCCUUUUUUCUACUGUGUAGACCGGGCGACGUGCACAUGAGAGCUGAAUUCAAGAACCAAUAAUGCAACAGCUCAAAUAUGGAAAAUGGAACGAGUCAUGUUGCUAAAAAUGGAUGUUUUGACUUAUGAUCUUGGGCACAAAGCGACGCCUCACAGUCACAUGCACUUACAAAGAGUGAGAGCGUUCAAAAGAGCCACUUUGUCCAAAGAUAUUUCAAGCUGCUUUGCAUAUAGACGAGGACAUUUGUACCUAUGUAAAGUGAACCGGUCGUUGUGUCCAGUCAUUAUUAUAAGACACUCAAGCUUAAAAUAGUCCUGGCUUACUCUUAUUUGGUCAUUCUCGUUCUCAACUGCUAAAAUACUGCUCGAUACUUGUUUAUCAUGCAUGCAUUGAACUUCAUCACAGAAUAUUUUGGAGAAAAAAAAAAUGCGAUUCAUGAGAGCUGCUCGUUUUCGAGAUGAUAUUAUGCCAUGUGAGCCUACUUUAAAGAAAAAAAUACACAAAAGCAACAAAAAAAAUAGAGUCAUCCAAGACUUCAGGUGUUGUAUGGCCUUGGUCCCAUAAUGGAAUGUGAAAUGUUCUGUGCUGCCACAAAAAAUGUAUUUAGGCUUAGAUUUAUACUGUAUAUCUGUAUGUUUCUCUUCCUUUUUCAAUAGAUCAUGUCUAUCAUGUUAAGCCAUCAAAUAAA